UUAUCGUCCCAAAACGUUACAAAUUCGUGAGAAUUCCGUUUUUCCUGUCCUAAUCACCUGUGGGUUUUUCGUGAAUUCUUAACGGAUUUUGGUGUGGCAUUGCCAGAUCUGUGUGGAAAAAGGGAGAAUUUUUAUGGGUUUUUGAAAUUCUUUUGGUUUUCGAGGGUUACAAAUGAGGAUAUGACGAGAGUUCUUCUUUUGAGUUGGCAGGAUUAGGGUGUUUUUUUUUUUGGGUUGGUUAGAGGAGUUGUUUGAGAUGCCGUUCGAUAAAGUUGGUGGAAAUGGAAAUGGAAAUCAUCAGUUUGCGUUAGAUCGAGUUCGUGAAAGCGGGGAAAACGAUCAGUCGACAAUGUCUACUAAUUUGCUUUUGUUUCCUGCAUCUUCCUCUUCUCCGUCAACGCCUUCGACCUCCAUCGGUGGCCUUAAUUAUAUCGAACAUCAUGUGUCGAAGUUCGAUACUCUUGCAGGCGUGGCGAUUAAGUAUGGCGUCGAGGUGGCAGAUGUUAAAAGGAUGAAUAACUUGGUUACCGACCUUCAAAUGUUUGCUCUCAAGACCCUGCAAAUACCAUUACCAGGAAGGCAUCCACCCUCUCCCAUUCUUUCAAAUGGUUCAGCUACCCCAGGCCAGAAAAUUAGUGGACAAACUCCAUCUCGCCGGCAUUCUGAUGUGUUGGAAUCUAUCCAGUCACUAAGGUUGAAAUCUACUCAACCCAAGGUUUCUCCAGCCAUGAGCACUUUGCAGGGGUACUAUGGGCUUAAACAUUCAACUAACAAUGGUGUAGCAGAAACAGAGAUGGCAGUUUACAAAACAGACAUUACUCGUUACUUGGAAGAUGAACUGCCAAAAUCCUCACCAUUUCCUGACUUGUCUUCGGGCCUCCAUCGGAAGUCCAGGAGUGUUAAUUGUUUCUUGUUCGAGAAUGGUGAAGUGUCAGAUGUGCCUGUUGCAGAAGCCGGGGAUGUUGAGGCUGAGAGGUCAAAUGAUAAGUCUGUCCGCAGGCGGCAGAAAGCUGAAAUUGACUCUGCUUCUCGCACCCCAGGAAUGUUGUUGAAGGAGGAUAAUAGUGGGGGCAGUGGAUUCUCAACUACAGCUGGAAGGGGUCUAGCUCUGAGGCCAAAAUCUGGUAGCCGAACCAAUCUUGCAGCUGAUGCUGAAUCAGGUUGGUUGUACCCGGUUCCUGUGGGUCUGGGGGACUCUGUCGUAGGUGAUGGGUUUUCUGGAGUACGGAAAUCAUCAAGCACUUCCAACUUGCAGGACGAGGACAACAACAACAACUCCUUAUCCAUCUGGCCAACUUCGAAGUGGAGUUUGAAGUCAGACUUACAGGCUUUCUCAGCUGCCACUAUUGCCAGACCAAUAUUUGAUGGCUUGCCAAAGCCAAUAACUGGGAGAAGAAACAAAGCGGCUCUUGAUUAGUAUUGAUCCAUUGCACAGUCAUAAAAUCUGAUUUAUUUCUCAUUUUUGAACGAUACAACCAAAACCCUGAGCCAGGCCUUCCAUCAAGCAAGGAAGAUACAGAAUAUAGCUCCAGAAGUGGAUAUGCAAGGAAAGGUCAAAUAAGACAUCUUGCUUCUGACAUUGGAUGUUGAACCAUUUAAUGAUUGGCUGAAAACCAUCAUUUGUAAUUGCUUUGGCAGUUCAAGUCAGAAAAAUGCUUGAGAGAUGCUGCAAACAGAGAAGAGCUGUGUUACUGUGAAUCCCAUGAACGUGCUCUUACUGCAUACAACGUUGUAGUAUUGUUUGGUGGAAGUUCAAAUCUAGAUGGGUUUCCCAUUAAUUUUUUGUGUGUAGAAUAUAUAAAGUCAAGAAGUGUUUGUUUCCUCCUAUAAAAAUGUGAUCAGUUAAUACUCCUACAGAUUUGGAGCGUUCUC